CGAUGCCCUGUGUGCAACAGCAGAAUGAAACUCAAAAGAACCAACACGACCAAGGAUGGAUAUAGGUGGAGCUGUAGAAAGGCAAACCACAGGGGAAGGGGCAUCACACGAUCCAUCAGAGAGGGCUCAAUAUUCUCCAGGUCACACAUUACGUUAGCAUCAUGGAUGAAGAUUAUGCACAGUUUGUCGCAGGGUUUGAGGAAGAGACAAGUGGACAUGAUCGAGGAUGGAGUAUGUGGGAGCAGCCAAUCAUUGACCAGGGUGACUACACUGUUAAGAGAAAUCUGUGGUAAAGCAGUCAGGCGACUGGAGAUUAGACGGAAAAUGCGUAUAGGAGGGAGGAGAGCUUUUGUUGCCAUAGAUGAGAGCAAAUUCAGACACAAAAGAAAGUAUGGACGUGGACGACAUGGACACACCUGGAGAAGACGGUCUUGGGUCUUUGGAAUGGUGGAAGUCAAGGGAUGCCAAAGACGUCCCAUCUUAAAGCUUGUAAAAUAUCGUUCCAGGAAGCGACUGCUUCCAAUUAUCCAGAAGUACAUUAGACCUGGUAGUAAAGUGAUAAGUGAUAGCUGGAGUGCCUACAACAGGUUAUCACGUCAUGGUUACAUUCAUUAUCAAGUGAAUCACAGGAGACAUUUUGUCCACCCUGGGAGUGGUGCUCACACGCAGCAUAUUGAACGGGCGUGGCGAAAUUAUAAAGAGGACAUUUACAGAUACAGAGGAAACCUGACAGAAAAGGCAUUAAAGAUGAACUUGAGGUUAUUGAGUGGAGCCACUGGCUUGGAAAGGAGCACAAGAAGGGUAUUCUUGGACGCCUGUUUAAAGACAUCAGAGCGUGCUACCACGUUUAAGUGA